UAAGAAAGUGGGCUGUUCAGUGGUUCAUAUUUGGCUUCACUUUGGCGGAGGUCUCUCUUUCUCGACGUCCUCUGGAGCCGGCCGGACGCUGAAGUUCCCCUACCUGCGCAGAACACGUCGCCUGCACACUCGUGGUCGUCGACGUCGCAGUGCACUGAAGUCUACGCACUGCGCCAAGUUCACUGGAAACGGUCAACGGACAGAGAGAAACCUCACCAAAGAUUGAUUUCAUCAGCUGAAAUGCCUUUAAGGGGAAUCCGAUUUGCCCAGCUUCUACCAAUCUUCUGCGCACUCUGCCAGCUCACCACAGCCUUCCCAGCCACCCACUAUGCCCAAGACCACGGCCCCAAGCUCCAGGUAGACAUCCCCACCCCGGCGGUCUUCUCCGUCCCGCUGGGCAGCUCCAUUGCCAUCCCCUGCUCCAUAUCCACCACGACCUCCGACCCUUCCCCGUCCCCCGCCCUGCCCCCCCGGGUCAAGUGGACCCUGGUGGCGGGCGGCGUGGAGACGGAGAUCCUGGUGGCGCGGGGCGAGAGGGUGAAGGUCAACGAGGCGUACCGGGACCGGGCGGCGCUGCUCAACUACACGGCGUCCCCUCUGGACGACCUGACGCUGUGGCUGGGCGAGCUGCGCGCCAGCGACAGCGGCCACUACCGCUGCGAGGUCCAGCGCGGCCUGGAGGACGCCAGCGACUUCGUGGAGCUCAAGGUCAAAGGCGUUGUGUUCCACUACAGAGAGGCAUCUGGCCGCUACGCCUUCUCCUUCCAGCAGGCGCAGAGGGCAUGUGAGGACAUCGGAGCCCACAUGGCAACUCCAGACCAGCUGCUGGCUGCUUAUUAUGAUGGCUAUGAGCAGUGUGACGCCGGCUGGCUGGCCGACCAGUCCGUCAGGUAUCCCAUCCAGGUGCCUCGGGAAGGUUGCUUUGGGGACAUGGACGGAAAACCGGGAGUAAGGAACUAUGGGACCAUAGAUCCAAAGGACCUCUAUGAUGUGUACUGUUAUGUGGAGCAGAUUGAUGGGGAGGUGUUCCACGACCCUCUCCCCCAGGCCCUGUCCUACGAGGGGGCGCGGGCCUACUGCCAGCGGGCCGGGGCGGCGCUGGCCUCCACCGCCCAGCUGUACGCGGCCUGGAGCGACGGGCUGGACCGCUGCAGCCCCGGCUGGCUGGCCGACGGCAGCGUGCGCUACCCCAUCCUCACCCCCAGGGAGCGCUGCGGGGGACCCCAGGCCGGGGUGAAGACCCUGUAUCGCUUCACCAACCAGACAGGCUUCCCAGAGCGCUCUGUCCUCCACGACGCCUACUGCUUCCGAGCUCUCGGCGACGUGCAGACCGACUCUCCACCCGACUACGCGGCCACGGAGCCCGAGGACAUGGGCCAGGACGUGGUGGUCCUCCUGCGGCCCGUGGAGGAGCUGCAGCUCAAGCAGCAGUACGACCACAAGGAGCGAGAGGCUCAGAGCGCGCUGGAGUCCCUCCCCAUCUCCCCGGAGCCGACCGUCCAGGGGCGAUCCCUGGCACCGGGCGACGCCGAGACCACGCGCCUCCUCAACACCACCUCCCUGAAGGAGCUCCUCCCGCCCUUUUACAAGACAGGGAACGAUUCUACGACCACCACCACCGCCGCCGCCGCCACCUCGACACCGGUGCCUGCUACCGGCGCCACCGCAGACGAUACUGACCGUCCCCUUUGGUCCAGCACACUGUGGCCUGACGGCGAUAAUGUGACGGAUACCAGCCACAACGCCAGCAACGGCCUUUACCAAGCGGAGCUGGAGGAAACCGUCCAAUCGCUGGAGUACCCCGAGCCGUCGUACGAGCCUCACAGGCAUUACCAGCCGAUGCCAGAUGUCAAUCUGGAAGAGCAUCAGUCUCAGCUGUCAGAUGGCUCCAAGCAUUUCCAGCCGAUGCCCGAGACCAACUUGGACGUGGAGGAACGCUCGGAAGGUAACGACAGCAGUCCAGACGUCGACCAGAGGGAAGAGGCGGUAGCCUCCGUUGUCCCGUCCACGACCCUGGUGCUUGAUUUGAACCUGGAAGAGACCGAACGAACGACCGAAAGGCAGCAAGCGUCCUCAUCGAGCCGGCCCACAGGAGAGGUAGCAGGACGCGUGCUUCUGACCUCCACCGGGUCUCCGACCAGGGAGUCCACCUCCCUGUGGUUCCCCGACGAAGGGUCGGCCGAAGAUUCUCAAGAAAACGUCUCUGAUGGACAAAACACCAGUUCAAUGGCAUCAACCAUCGUGCCAGUAGCCUUCACCUCACCCGUCUCUUCGACUCACCUCGCCCCGUCCUCCGCCACAGUGGUGGUCACUCCAACUGACCUCCCAUCUGAAGGCCCAGGAGCAACCCUCUUGUCUCCUCCGGAGGUCUCUGAGGCCGGGCUCCCUCAGGUGGUGUACUCCGCGGUCGUCAACCCCUGGGAGAUCUCAACCAGUCAGGAAGGCAGCGGGAGCUCAGAAUACGACGAUCUGAUGGGGGCCACCUCCGCCUCCAACACCAUCAAUGCGACCACCACCACCACCACCACCGCCAGCACCAAUGCAACCACCACCAAUGCGACCAGCACCAUUGCGACCACCACCAAUGCGACCACCACCAAUGCGACCAGCACCAUUGCGACCACCACCAAUGCGACCACCACCAAUGCGACCAGCACCAUUGCGACCACCACCAUUGCGACCACCACCAAUGCGACCACCACCAAUGCGACCACCACCAAUGCGACCACCACCAAUGCGACCACCACCACAACCACCACCUCCACCUCCAACACCACCAAUAUAGUCAUCACAGCCACCGCCCCCACCACCACCACAACACAGGAGGCGCAUCCCACCGGAGCGGUGUCGUCUGUGGGCAGCACCGUCCACGAAACAGCCGUGAGUUCCACUGAGACUCCAGAGAGGAAGGUCAACGGCGCCCGACAGACCGCCGGCCCCACUGCAGCGGUCCCCCGCGGGGAGGCCGGGGCCGACCCGACGUCGGCCUUCACAGGGGCCCCCACAGCGGGACCCCGGGCCGCACUCCGGGAGCUCGGGUCCACCUCCACACCGAGCGACACCUCCCCGGAGGACGAAGAGCUGGCCGGCUUCCCCAUCAACACCCAGAGCCCCGGCAGGACUCUCCCCCAGGCCACCUCCACGGCGCAGGAGUCCCCGCUGGCCCCCGAACACAGCAGGGAGGCGCCCUCUCUCUUCUCCGUGGUGACCCGAAAGGUCCCCGGGGACGGCGAGCAGUUCAGCAUGUGGUCGAACACGCGGAGCCCCGUGGCGUCGACGCCGGCCAAGGUUUCCCGCAAGACCCCCGGGCCGUCGCCGCCAUCGCCGCAGACGACCACGUUUCUGCCCCCCGUGAACCAAGGGCGGGUUGACGAGCAGUUCAUGCUCACGCAGCCGCCCACACUGCUCAUCUUGCCCAAUGAGAGGGCUGCUGUGGGCAGCGCAGGGAACCCCUCAGAUGCAUGUCUGCUGGACCCCUGUCUCAACGGGGGGACGUGUGUGGAUCACAGCGGCCGCGUCCAGUGCCUCUGUCUGCCCAGCUAUGGAGGGGACUUCUGCCAAACCGACGUGCACCGGUGUGAGCCGGGCUGGGAUAAGUUCCAGGGCUUCUGCUACCGCCACUACGGCCAGCGUCUGAGCUGGGAGGUGGCCGAGCUGCACUGCCGCAUGGCCGGGGCCCACCUGGUGUCCAUCAUGAGCCCCGAGGAGCAGACCUUCCUCAACAGUAAAUACGAAGAGUACCAAUGGACCGGGUUGAAUGACAAGACCAUCGAAGGAGACUUCCGCUGGUCUGAUGGAAACCCCCUGCUCUAUGACAACUGGCACAGAGGGCAGCCAGAUAGCUACUUCCUGUCCGGGGAAGACUGUGUGGUGAUGAUGUGGCACAAUGGUGGACGAUGGAGCGACGUGCCGUGUAACUAUCACCUGGCAUACACUUGCAAGAAAGGCACCACGCUGUGCGGCCCACCGCCUAAAGUGAAGAACGCCUCCAUUUAUGGACGAGUGGUGCAGAGGUACCAGACGGGGGCGUCCGUGCGCUACCACUGCGCCGAAGGCUUCCGGCAGAGGAGAUACCCCCUGGUCAGCUGCCUGUCAGGGGGCGUGUGGGAGGAGCCUCGGAUCCAAUGUGUCCCAGUCGGUGGGAGGAUGUUGGAGGCAGCGGGUCACAUCUAUUCAUCCACCGGAGUGAUGUUCGCGGCUGUCCAAGACGAUGUUGACGAUGAAGCCACAACGACAGAGGCGUCGCCACAGUAUUGGGACAUCAAGUUUUAAACCGACAACUGCUUUAGAGCCCAUCUUUUUGAUUGUGCAUUGACAUAUGCUAUAAUGACGCUUCCAAACAAAACAUAAGCAGUAAGCAGUUAGACCACCGUUUUGUAAUGCUGAGACAUGUUGUUCUUAACUGAAAAAAAAAAAGGAGCUGGGUUUUUUAUACUUUCUACUGAUUUCUACUUUGUGAAAUUGGAUACACCCAUCCAAGGAAACCCUGCUGUGUCCAAAGCAAUAAGAUGAUGUUGCACCUAGUGCCCUUCGCCACUAGAUGGUACUAUUGCGCCAUAGAACCCUUGUACGUCUACUGAAUAAUUUGGUUGAUCGUGUUGAAUUAGAAAUAUUUUCAAACCGAUGAAUUUAAAGGUGGAUUUAGAGUAGGCUAUUAUUCAAAACAGAAAACAAAAUGUACAACCUGUAGACCUAUUAUGUUUUUAUAUUCAGCCGAUGGUUCUUAGCUAGACACGCAUAAGAAACACAACAAAUCAAAACCGUCAAUACUUUUCCUAUCAUUUGUUGUGGGGAACCAUUGCCGACACAGCUUUGUCCAUCAACUUUAUGUUAUAAUAAAGUUCUGUAGGACAGCGCGGUGAUUAAAAUACAUUUCUUAAACCAUAA